CAUAGCGGCGAAUUGAUCCAGCAUCUCUGCACUGGGUGUAUAGGGCGAAUGGAUACGGGAAAAUGCAGUGAAAAUAUGUAAUUCAGCGCAUUUUCAAUGUUUUAACAAUUGCGAUGAGGGAAAGAAAGUAUGAGAGGGUGGAUUUUCUCUUGUGCCUCUGCGGAGUACGGGCCAUUAUUUUAAGAGAAAUGCGGAGUCUUUUUCCCCAUAGGUGUUAACGCAGAAAAUACAAGAUGAAGAAGCAAUUCAAUCGAAUGCGACAGCUCGCCAACCAAACGGUGGGCAGGGCAGAAAAAACUGAAGUGUUAAGCGAUGAUCUUCUGCAGGUGGAGAAGCGGUUGGACCUGGUCAAACAGGUGACCCACAGCACUCACAAGAAGCUGACCGCCUGCCUGCAGGGCCAACAAGGGGCUGAAGAGAGAGAGAAGAAAUCAGUCAAGUCUCCCUCGAAAAAGCUACCACUAACCAUCCUGGCACAAUGUAUGGUAGAAGGAGCUGCUGUGCUGGGGGACGACUCUCUACUAGGGAAGAUGCUGAACCUGUGUGGGGAGACAGAGGAGAAGCUGGCCCAGGAACUGAUUCAGUUUGAGUUCCAGAUAGAGAAAGAUGUGGUGGAGCCUCUCUAUGAGCUGGCUGAGGUGGACAUUCCCAACAUCCAGAAACAGAGGAAACAUUUAGCCAAGCUGGUCCUGGACAUGGACUCAGCUCGCACACGGUUUCACCAGUCGUCCAAGUCCUCCAGUCACCCUAGCAACCUGCAGGCGGGCGGGGCCAAGGGGGAGGCCCUCAGAGAGGAGAUGGAAGAGGCAGCCAAUCGGAUGGAGAUCUGCAGGGAUCAACUAUCAGCGGAUAUGUAUAAUUUUGUGGCCAAAGAAAUAGACUAUGCAAACUACUUUCAGACGCUCAUAGAGAUCCAGGCAGAAUAUCACAGGAAGUCUCUAGAGAUCCUCCAGAGUGUCCUGCCCACCAUUAAAGCUCACCAGGAGGCGUGGGUGGAGAAGCCUUCGUAUGGCAAGGCCCUGGAGGAACACCUGACCAUCAGCAGCAGAGAGAUCGCCUUCCCCAUCGAGGCCUGUGUCACAAUGCUGCUGGAGUGUGGCAUGCAGGAGGAGGGUCUGUUCAGAGUGGCUCCCUCGGCCUCCAAGCUGAAGAAGCUGAAGGCCUCCCUGGACUGUGGUGUUAUGGACGUACAGGAGUAUUCAGCUGACCCCCACGCCAUCGCAGGGGCUCUGAAAUCAUACCUCCGUGAGCUUCCAGAGCCACUGAUGACCAGUGAACUUUACGAGGACUGGAUUCAGGCGUCAAAUAUUCAGGAUAUGGACAAGAGACUACAAGCUCUGCUGGCGGCGUGUGAAAAACUACCAACUGACAACUUCAACAAUUUCAGAUACUUAAUCAAGUUCCUAGCCAAGCUAGGAGAUUAUCAGGACUCCAACAAGAUGACUCCUGGUAACAUGGCCAUAGUUCUGGGUCCCAACCUGCUCUGGACUCACUCCAACGAGAGUGGGAACAUGACAGAGAUGAUGACCACAGUGUCUCUUCAGAUAGUGGGGAUCAUAGAACCCAUCAUACAGCACUCUGACUGGUUCUUCCCUGGAGAUAUUGAGUUUAAUCUGACUGGCUGCUACGGCAGUCCUGUCCACACCAACCACAACUCAAACUACAGCUCCAUGCCUUCUCCAGACAUGGACCAAUCAGAACGCAAGCUGCCGCAUGACCAUGGUAGACGCCCACUCAGCGUUGCCACUGACAACAUGAUGCUGGAAUUCUACAAGAAGGAUGGCAUAAGGAAAAUACAAAGUAUGGGUGUCCGGGUGAUGGACACAUCCUGGGUGUCCCGUAAGGGUUCGUCCACCCUGGCCCGUAAGGCCUCGUCCACCCCUCCCAGUGUCCAGGGUCCUGGCUCCCCUGCUGACCACUCCCUCAUCCUGGAGCAGCCUGGAGAGCUGGCCCAGUCCCCCUCACCCCCACCUCAACCUGGGGAAAGGGACCGGAUCGGUACACUGAGGAGUAAGGAGAGCUCUCCAGUGAUUGGUCACAAGGGGGUGCAGGUGGCAGGUCCGACGGUGCCCCCUGGUGCUGGCCAGCAGAGCUGCAGCCAGUCGCCCCAUUCCACAGAACACAGCCCACACACCAUGCGCAAAGGCUCUAAGAAGCUGGCCCCUAUCCCUCCAAAGGUUCCAGCUGGGUACGGCCAGUCGGGUGGUUCUGGUGGGAUUUCGGACCAGUCCACAGGUCAGCCAUCGCCGGUCAGCCUGUCCCCCACCCCUCCCAGCACCCCCUCCCCCUAUGGACUGGCCGGUCCCCCACAGGCCCCUGGAGGACUAGGGGCCUCCUCCCCCGGUCAGACCCCUCUCUGUGGCUCCCUAGGGUCCCUGGGGUCCCUGUCCUCCCCCCCUUCUCUGACCGGCACGCUGGGCAAAUCUCGGCCCACCCCUAAGCCCCGGCAGAGGCCCAGCCUACCCCCUCCUCAGCCGCCCAACGUCCCUCAGCCGGGGGCCACCCCUGUUGGCCCUGGGCCCCUGGAGCAGGGCAUCCUGGACGGACUGUCCCCCGGGGAGAGCAUGUCCACAGAUUACUUCAAUUAUGAAAUCCCCUCCAUCAAUGUGAACCUGGACAGCCUCAUCGACGAGUUCAGCGGUGCUGCCCCCUGCAGGCGCUACGGAGCGGUGACACACUCUCCUCCCCCGGGGAGAGACGAUAACCCCGACCACGACCCCUACGCCGUCCCUGAGGACGACGAACCCCAGGACACCACCUUAUGACAUCAUUACCCUGAGACAGCCCUAUGAUGUGAUAUCAUCAGAGCUCGCCCGAGGCUGGCACCGUGGCGCUCCUACAUCCAGCUAGCUGUACAUACUGUUAGACUGUAAUGCUCGCUCGCUCACACCGCACUGCCACGACGCUCCCAGACAAAACAAACAAACAAGGCAUCUUCUUAUACACCACAAUGCUCACCUGACCUUUGACCUGAAACUCCCGGUCUGAACCAUGACCUCUGACCUGGAACUCCAGGACUGAACCCUGACCUCUGACCUGGAACUCCAGGUCUGAACCAUGACCUCUGACCUGGAACUCCAGGUCUGAACCAUGACCUCUGACCUGGAACUCCAGGACUGAACCCUGACCUCUAACCUGGAACUCCAGGACUGAACCCUGACCUCUGACCUGGAACUCCAGGUCUGAACCCUGACCUCUGACCUGGAACUCCAGGACUGAACCAUGACCUCUGACCUGGAACUCCAGGACUGAACCAUGACCUCGAACUCCAGGUCUGAAACCUGACCUCUGACCUGGAACUCCAGGACUGAAUCCCCCCCACAUUGUGCUAUACCUGCAGGCUUCAAGCAAAACUCAUUUCUUAGAAAUAUUACGCAAAUAGUAAUGUAAACUCAAUGUGAGGAAACAAUAACACACCACAUGCCAUAUAGAGAAGGACCAGUUGCCUUUGGAAGGAAGAAGACAUAUGGAUUAUAUGGAGGAGUAUUAAUGCCAUGUUCAGUAUUAUAUUCUAGUUUUGCUUUGUGGAUACUACAGUUUUUUUCCUCUCUUUGAAAAAGUGCUCAGUAUUUUUUGUGACUUUUUAAGUAAUUUUUUUUGCCUUAUAUGAAAAGCCUGCACUCAAAUUGCAAUACAUGCAUCGCAUACUCACAAAUAGUUGGGCCUGACCCUAAAGGAAGGAAACUCGUAACCUGACUGGUUGGGUAGAUGUGUGGGUGACUGGUUGGGUAGAUGUGUGGGUAAAGUGGGUCUGACUGGUUGGGUAGAUGUGUGGGUAAAGUGGGUCUGACUGUGGGUAAAGUAGGUCUGACUGGUUGGGUAGAUGUGUGGGUAAAGUGGGUCUGACUGGUUGGGUAGAUGUGUGGGUAAAGUGGGUCUUGAGGGUCAUUGUGUGUAGUGUACUGUAUUCCUAACAGGGUAAUAUGAUGAGAGAGUUAUUAGUCCUAGUUUCCUGCACACUAUAGAGAUGAUGAUGAACUAUUGAAUAAUGCAGUAUGAAUGCAGUAUGAAGUGCAGUAUGAAGUGCAGUAUGAAUGCAGUAUGAAUGCAGUGUGAAUGCAGUAUGAAGUGCAGUAUGAAUGCAGUAUGAAGUGCAUAACUAACCCUAUUCUGGGGAGGGUUUGGGUCCAUUCCAUUUCAAUUCAGUCAAUUUAGGAAGUAAACUGUUUACUUUCUGAAUGACUGAAUUGAAAUGGAAUGGACCCCAUCCCUGAUGUCUGUGUCACUCCUGGCCCCAGUCCCUAUUCUUCCCACGUCUCCCCCAUGUACACAUAUCUGAAUUGAUACACAGUUAGGAGACAUCUGUAGGUUUGCUUUGCAAGUAGCAAUAAUUUAUUUGUACAGGGUUAAAGUUGAAUUCAUGCACAUAUUUUCACCAGCACAGUAUUAUAAUGUCUUUGGAAUGGAACUCAGUGCAUUGUUGCUGUUCUCAGAAGGGGUGUUAAACUAUCAAACUGUAUCGUUAGACAAUAAUGAUGCACAUGAAAUAUGUUUUCGAGUUGGGUCCCUAAUACUAACUAGCCAUUUGAUUUAUGUCCCCAAAAUGAAGGCCCCUUAUUGCUUAAAACCUUUCUGGAUCCAAUAGCAGAGCUGUGCUCACAGAGACUGAGGAGUGACAUUAUACCUUUCAGACUGGGGAGUGACAUCAUACCUUUCAGACUGGGGAGUGACAUCAUACCUUUCAGACUGAGGAGUGACAUCAUACCUUUCUAUCAUGACACAAGGCGAGACCCAGAUGUAGACACAGGAGGAAGAGGGUUGGAGGCGUACAAUGUUUAUUAAUCCAAAAGGAGUAGGCAAGAGAAUGGUCGUGGACAGGCAAAAGGUCAAAACCAGAUCAGAGUCCAGGAGGUACAGAGUGGCAGACAGGCUCGUGGUCAAGGCAGGCAGAAUUGUCAGGCAGGCGGGUACAUAGUCCAGAAUCAGGCAAGGGUCAAAACCGGGAGGACUAGAAAAAGGAGAAAAGCAUAAACCAGGAGAACGGGGAAAACGCUGGUUUACUUGAAAAAAACAUACAACACCAACUGGCACAGAGAGACAGGACACACAGGGAUAAAUACACUGUGGAAAAUCAGCGACACCUGGAGGGGGUGGAGACAAUCACAAGGACAGGUGAAACAGAUCAGGGUGUGACACUUUCAGACUGGGGAGUGACAUCAUACCUUUCAGACUUGGGAGAGACAUCUUACCUUUCAGACUGGGGAGUGACAUCAUACCUUUCAGACUGGGGACUGACAUUAGAGGAGGACUGACAUCAUACCUUUCAGACUAGGGAGUGACAUCAUACCUUUCAGACUGGGAGAGACAUCAUACCUUUCAGACUGGGGAGUGACAUCAUACCUUUCAGACUGGGGAGUGACAUCACACCUUUCAGACUGGGGAGUGACAUCACACCUUUCAGACUGGGGAGUGACAUCACACCUUUCAGACUGGGGAGAGAAAUGUUACCUUUUUCACACUUCUGAGCUGAGCAGAACCAAGCUGUUUUGUUCUGGCCUGGUUACUCCUCCACUAAAGCUGCUGGGUCUAUGCUGGAAAGAACCUUUUAAAAGGAAAGUAUCCAAGCCAGCACAGUACUGUUUGGGUUUGCAAGAUAGUGUGAAAUAGGUAUUAGAGCUUGAUACAGAGGGGUCAGUCUCAGAGGACCUAUUAGGUUCCUCCUCAAAACUGCUCAUAAAACAACCAAUCAGAUCCAAAAGUUACAAAGACUGCUUCAGGUUCUAACGAUGUUUCUCUCUUAACUCCAGGCUCUGUAUUCCAGGCUCUGUAUUUCAGGAUCUGUAUUUCAGGAUCUGUAUUUCAGGCUCUGUAGUCUAGGAUCUGUAUUUCAGGCUACCUGGUCCAGGCUCUGUAUUUCAGGCUCUGUAUUUCGGACUCUGUAGUCCGGACUCUGUAGUCCGGACUCUGUAGUUCCGACUCUGUAGUUCCGACUCUGUAGUUCCGACUCUGUAGUUCCGACUCUGUAGUUCCGACUCUGUAGUUCCGACUCUGUAGUUCCGACUCUGUAGUUCCGACUCUGUAAUCCAGGCUCUGGAGUUCAGGCUAUGUCGUUCCGGCUAUGUCGUUCAGGCUCUGUAUUUCAGGCUUUGUAUUUCAGGAUUUGUAGUCCAGGCUCUGUAGUCCAGGCUCUGUAGUUCAAGCUCUGUUGUCCAGGCUCUGUAUUUCAGGCUCUGUAUUUCAGGCUCUGUGAUCUUUGACCCUAUAGUGUAAAUACAAAGAACUGUACAUUAAUAUGUGUAUAAACCUAAGAGGUAAAGCUUAAUGUAAAGGCAAAUCUUCAUUAUACAUAUAUAUUAAUAUAUGUGAUGAUAUAUUUAUAAUGUGUAGAGAAAUUAUAUGAUAAAUAAUGUGAUGUUUAUUUUUGUCCCCGGCACACGAUUAUUACCAGAUUCACACACAACAACACAACAGACGAUUAUUACCAGAUUCACACACAACAACACAACAGACGAUUAUUACCAGAUUCACACACAACAACACAACAGAUGAUUAUUACCAGAUUCACACAACAACACAACAGACGAUUAUUACCAGAUUCACACACAACAACACAACAGACGUGAUGCUGCAGAAACAUGAGUGAAGAAAGAUAUUACUGUCUGGGAGGGCCCCUGAGUAAAACACCAAGAAAUGCUCGGUCAAAAAAUCCAUCUUUAUGAAGUCAGUCAUUCAGUUAUAUACUUAACCUGUUUACUCAAAACAAACACGAUAUGAACAGAAAAAUACCCUGCAUUUGUACACUAUACUCAUAUAGAGGAAGAAGUAGCGGUUUACUGAUUUGGUUUUUGGAAGAUAUGUUGCCAAGGAUAGUCCAGAUAAUAUGAGGAAUCAAUCAGAGAUGGUGACGGAUAGGUGGGUUGUUCCACCAAUUUGGUGCCUUUUGAGAAGUGUAACUUGGUCAAAGGGAACUUUUGAUCUGACCUAAUUUUCACAUUCUGUCAUGAAAAACACAUUUUCCCAUCUCAAGAGGUUAAAUAAAAAACAUUACUAUAGUAAGUGCCUAUUCCGUGCCAAGUAAAGUAACAGGGUUGACGAUUUCUUCUUAGAUCAGCCAUAAAUCCCCCUGUGACAGGGCGGAAUUGAAGUUUGUUGUGUGCAACAGGGAGGGAGGGGCAAUUGAAUGUAAGUUAAACAAUUUUAAAUUGUUAAAACAUUUCAAAUCUGUGGGUAACAGGGUGUUCUGCUGGACCGGCUCAGUUUCCCAACACAGAACACCAGAUGAUGACCAGAAAGGGGUACAACCUGCUUUUACUCAAUGAUUUGACUAUUAGAUGUUCAAUGUUUCUUUCCCCCCCGAAAAAUAUUUAAAAAUGAACAGUUUCACCAAUAUUAAAACGAGAGUUCAGUUCACGUAACAGGCUUGACUUUAAAAAUUAGGGACAUAUGUAAAUAAAUCACAUAACAAUACUUUUCAGAAAUUACCUUGUCAAAGAAACAAAUUAAACUAAGGCUUUACAAUGAUGUUGAAACUUUGAGAAAUUUGGGGAUUAAACUGGUUAAAAUCUUUCUAAAGGUGACACAGGGUUGAUGGAGGGACAUGUCCAAAUAGUGAUUUUAUUUAAUGAUCAAUGUGGUCUAUAUUAAAGGGCACUUCAUUUAAUAUGAGAGGCUUUUAAAAUUCAAUAUUGGUGCACAAUUUCUCUACUUCAUUUAACCAAGGGGCCAAAAGGCACUCUUUCCGUGGAACAGCCCAGUUGUAUUUGACAAAGUGCACGCCUAACAUUGGAAAUUCAACAUUCAGCCUGUUAUCUUAGAUUCCUCUGGGUCUUUUAAACGACCACCAUGACUGCUUGGAGAAAACAGUCACAGACAGCUGCUAUGACAUUCACACGACAUACAUUUCCUCAAUCAAAGUGCAAUUAUGUUGUUUACUUUAAAAACAACCUCAGAGUCAAAAACAGUGGCCAGACUGUGGCCAGUGGCUACACUCUACCCUACAGUAUAGACCCCACCCUACCCUACAGUAUAGACCCCACUCUACCCUACAGUAUAGACC